AAUGGUGCGUUAGUUUCUGCUGUAUAACAAAGUGAAUCAGCUCUACAUAUAUAUAUCCCCAUUCUCCUCCCUCUUGCAUCUUCCUCCCACAAUAAAUGCUCUUUGAAUCCACCUCUGUGUAGCCUUCUAAGAGGAUGAAAAUAAAAACCAGGCUUUUAUUUAUUUACUUAUUUAUUUAUUGGUAUCAUACUCGGUGACACUCCACAAAUCCUUUAGGGAUGUAAAAAAACAAACAUCUGACUUUAAAAUUUUCCUAACAAUAUUAACACUACUACUACCAGGCUGUCUGGAAUAUAAAGCCGGUCUCUUCCAUCAGCUGCACCUUAGAUACACCUACUUGGGACUCUCACUCUUUCAUGAACUGCCAUGCUAUUCAAGUCCCAUCAAAAGACAGAUGAGGAGAGCAGUAUUGGAGAAAGAUUGACCAAGGGGCAUGUUAAACACUUGUUCAUUUCAGUUCCCCAAAUCCUAUUUUAUUCUGAAUAAGACUACGGAGUAACACACUUGGCUAUCACCUUACCUUCCCACAGAAAUAUCACCAUGGAACCAGGAUUCAAAACCAUUUCCUUAGCUUUUACAGGGAUCUGGGGUUUUUUGGUUUGUUUUGUUUUGUUUUGAAUGCAUGGGGAAAAGUGUUCUGAAUCUUCUAUACUCUAAUUAAAUUGUAAGGUACUUGAGAGCAGGGACUGUCUUAUCUUUAUAGCUUCAGCACAGAAGUUCUAACAUCUUAGGUGCUGUGAGCAUGAAAAACGUUACAUCAGUAUAUGUUGAAUACAAGAAACAAAGUGCCUAAACAGUAGCAAGUUAUAAAGCUUUUUAGAAAGGGAAACCUAAUCUCCAGAAGAUAAAAUUUGGUUUGGGGUGAAACAUCACCAAGUGCAAAUAACGUUAAAAUAAGACUUCAAAUAUUUAGUCUGAACAGGCUUUGCCAACCAAGUUUUCUUUAGCCCAAGUUUUUGGAAAGUUUCAAAAACAUUUAAAAACUAUUAAUAUUUUAGUGGAGAAAUAAUCUUUUAAAACCAGGUCCUGAAGGUUAUUGAAAUCAGUAUGGGGACUUCCCUGGUGGUACAGUGGUUAAGAAUCUGCCUGCCAAUGCAGGGGACACGGGUUCGAUCCCUGGUCUGGGGAGAUCCCACAUGUCGCAGAGCAACUUAGCCUGCGCUCUAGAGCCCGUGAGACACAACUACUGAGCCUGCGUGCCGCAACUACGGAAGCCUGAGCGCCUAGAGCCCGUGCUCUACAACAAGAGACACCACCACAAUGAGAAGCCCGCGUACCGCAUGGAAGAGUAGUCCCUGCUCACCACAACUAGAGAAAGCUCGUGUGCAGCAGUGAAGACCCGACACAGCCAAAUAAAUAAAGAAAAAAGAAAUCAGUAUGGGUGAAUUCAUUUACAUGAAGGUGCUCAAAAAUACACCUUCCACAAAAGCCACAACAAUAGUUUAAAUUCUCCUGGAUGUCUGUGAGUUAAAACAACAGAUCCAGAGUGGUGAUGCUGGCAACCUCUUUGUGUUUAGCUGCCCUGCUGGCAGUCCAGGAAGGGUAUCUCCUGUCAAUUCCUGAAAGAGAAUUUAGCUGCCAAUUCAGGAGGAGAAAGGAAGGAUAGAAGGCUCUGUGAAGUUGGCACCGGAGCUUACUCAGUCUCAAGGCACUGAGGGUAAUAUUUGGAGGGGGAAAAAAUCACUUAAAGGUGCAUGUCAAGAUUACAAUGGAUAUAAAUCAUUAUAAAAUCUUUCCUGAUUAAGACCAUUAAAAAUCCGGGACCCGAGAAACAAGUCUAGAGGAACUAGCACUGUAAAGGACGCCUAGCUGCUACUAGAAAAUCUACUGCCCGUGGGAUUAGAAAUGACAACGGCCACGUGAUAUUUUGCUAACUAUACGUGCGGCCCUGUUAUAGUAGCUGACUUUUAUAGAUACAGGGAUUUACUAAAGGCCCAGUCAUGCCCCUAGGAAAGCAAUACUGUGGCUACAUAUGCAGAAACAGCCUCCUGUAACAGGGAAAUACAGCGAUCGCCGCUCUAUCCCACACCACCAGUACCCUUUAUGGUCCUGAGACUUUGGAAAGAGGCAGUUCAGAUAGCACCAUGGACCCAAAGAGUCAAGUAUUUCAGGUUCAUUCCAACUCUCUUGCACUCGUUAAUUUUUUCAAUAGAUUCUCAAGAACCUCCAUGCCUGAGAAAACUUGGAUUUGAGGAAGGGAAUUCCAGGGGGAGGGGAGAGAGGGGAAUGGUCCGAUCGGGGAGGAUACCCGCGCCUUUUCCACUGUCCUGCCUGGGGAUCGGCCCACCUGCCCCAUAUGCCUAAGCCCGGGUGCCCCGCUCCUCCGGGUCCCUGCGCUCCCGGAGAGCCCCUGUCGGCCCCAGGUCGUGCUUCCCAGGGGGCUAAAGGUGCCGGCGCCCCCUCCAGGGGCCCCUCUGGGGAUCUACCCCCUUUCCCCUCACGCAGACACCGAAGCCGGGCGCCCCAUGCUCCGGGCCCCGGUCCGUCCCGGGAAGGAGGACUCGCUUCCCAGGCCAGAGCAGGUGCCCGCGCCCUCACACGCGGAGUCGGGGGAGGUGGCCGGGGAGCCCCGCCCAGAUGCCGGGCCCGACGCCGGGGCCCGGCGGGGGCGCGGGCUCUCGGUAACCCGGAAGUGGCGGUGGCGGCGGCGGGCGUGCGGGAGCGGGGGCCGGGGGGCGGUGCGCUCGAGCAGGCAUGGCCGCCGCCUCCCGCUUUGUGUGCCGCGCGCGGGCCCCGGCCGCCCGCGCCUCGCCCGGCCCGCGGGGCCGCCGCUGACCCGCCCCGACUCUAAGGUCGGCGCCCGCCGGGCCGGCCCCGCCUCCCUCCUCCUGCACUUCCCCUCCCCUCCUCCUCCUGCCGCCGGGCGGGCGGGCAGCAGCCGCCCUCCGUGCUCUGCUCGCGCGUUCCUCGCCGCGCGCCCGCCCGCCCUCGCACCCGAGCCAGCCUGCCUGCCUGCCUGCCGUACCGGCGGCGGCGGGCUCGAGGCCGCCCCGAUGCCCGAGCCAGGCCCCAGGAUGAACGGCUUCUCGCUGGGCGAGCUGUGCUGGCUCUUCUGCUGCCCGCCCUGCCCGAGCCGCAUCGCCGCCAAGCUGGCCUUCCUGCCGCCCGAGCCCACCUACACGGUGCUGGCGCCCGAGCAGCGCGGGCCCGGCGCCCCCGCCCCGGCCUCGGCCGCCGCCGCCGCUACCGCCGCGGCCCAGCCGGCGCCGCAGCAGCCCGAGGAGGGCGCGGGCUCGGGGCCCGGCGCGUGCAGCCUUCACCUGAGCGAGCGCGCCGACUGGCAGUACUCGCAGCGCGAGCUGGACGCCGUCGAGGUCUUCUUCUCGCGCACGGCCCGGGACAACCGGCUCGGCUGCAUGUUCGUGCGCUGCGCGCCCUCCAGCCGCUACACGCUGCUCUUCUCGCACGGCAACGCUGUGGACCUCGGCCAGAUGUGCAGCUUCUACAUCGGCCUCGGCUCGCGCAUCAACUGCAACAUCUUCUCCUACGACUACUCGGGCUACGGCGUCAGCUCGGGCAAGCCCUCCGAGAAGAACCUCUACGCCGACAUCGACGCCGCGUGGCAGGCGCUGCGCACCCGUCCCACAGAUGAUGUGAACUGGAUCUUUGCCAUCAGGGAGGCCUGUGCUCUUGGAUUACCUGGGACUCUUAAGGGGUUCCAUUCGCUCAGAAGGCAUUUGAGGGGUGUGUGCUGGGCACUGGUCAGAGACAACGGAGACAGGAUCCAGUCUGGUGCUCGGCUGCAGAACUUCACAGUGGUCUGGUAUGGCGUAAGCCCCGAGAACAUCAUCCUGUAUGGUCAGAGCAUCGGGACUGUCCCCACGGUAGACCUGGCCUCCAGGUACGAAUGUGCAGCCGUAAUUCUCCAUUCGCCUCUGAUGUCUGGAUUGCGCGUGGCUUUUCCCGAUACCAGGAAAACGUACUGCUUUGAUGCUUUCCCCAGCAUUGACAAGAUAUCUAAAGUUACCUCUCCCGUGUUGGUCAUUCAUGGUACAGAGGACGAGGUCAUCGAUUUCUCCCAUGGCCUGGCCAUGUAUGAGCGCUGUCCUCGGGCCGUGGAGCCCCUCUGGGUCGAAGGGGCUGGCCAUAAUGACAUAGAGCUUUAUGCACAAUACCUAGAAAGGCUAAAACAGUUCAUAUCUCAUGAACUUCCUAAUUCCUGAAGAAGAUGACUUGAUUUUACCUCAUCUACUGUGAACACAAGAAUCCUCGGUUUUGCACAUGCUUUAACUGGAUAGCUGUCAUGGCGGGAUAACCACGAGGAAGUGCCCAGCUUUUCAGGUGUCCUAUUCAGAGAGCUGAGGGCAUCUUGGUCUUUCAUAUCCAGAGGUUCUACUAACUCACACGUCAUGUUAAACUGAACAGUUGUGAUUCCCAGCUUCAUCGCCUUGCAGAAUGGAAAUGAGAGCUGAGUGGGGGGGACCAUUUUCUCUUGCUAUAAAAGAUGCUCACACCCCUUUCUCUUCCUUACCCACCACGUAGGAUUCAUUUAUGCAGGGCUCAGCCUCUCUCCACCCGUGUUCUCAGUAUGUGACCUGCAGCUCUCUUUCAGCCACUAGAUUGGGUGCAGUGCAUUUGUGAAGCUGUGAUAGUGUAACUGGAAACCAUCGUGAUGAAAAUCCCUUUGUUAAUUUUUGUUAACACUCCUAUCUUUCCCCCAAACAAAUCAAUUAAAGGGUAAUUUACUGGAACUAUCAUGAACGGCGUCAUCAACUGGAACCAUAUAAAUAUAACUGGAAUAUUCUUAAAAGGAAACUGGGGUUUUUUUUAAGUGUAAAUUUAUUACUAGUCCACAGAGUUUUAAUAUUUUGAUCGUCUGGUUGGUCUAACAAAGAACCUAGCCGACUUUCCUUCUGCAAAGUCCUCCUUGUAGGCUUUUUUAAAGUACUGUACAUAUUUGCAAUUACAUUGGGCAUAGAUUCUUAAUAGAUAGUUUUCUUUUGUCAGGCUACAACAAUGAACUGCAGAUUCCUUGUUUGUAAUGUAAAUGAUUGAAUACAUUUUGUUAAUACGUUUUUAUUCCUAUGUUUUGCUAUUAAAAAAUUUUAUAACAUUUCCAAGGCAAAAAGUUACAAGUUUAUGCUUUGAAAAAUUUAUGUAAUUAAAAUUUCACUAAACUAAUCUUUUUAGUUUAGGAGUUAUUUGGGUUUUGACACUGGAGUUGCGCCAAUAAGCAUCAGAAGUGUAAGAUGCUUAAAAUUGCUACACUGCUUGUGUUGGUUGGGGGUUUGGGUUUGAGGGUUCUUUGGUUUUAUUAAAAAAAAUUUUUUUUUCCACAUUUAAAAGCCUUAAAUGUACUGUAAGCCUCAGAUUGUUGUACAGCUGGAUUGCGGUUGAUUGCGUUUGUGUACUGUUGCUUGGAUGCGACACAGCGGUUGGUCAUGGAAUAAAGGAUGCAUGGAUC